AUGGCCAAUACGACGAGUGAUGAGCUCCCUCGGGAGAUUGCAUGUCACUGGACAAAUUCGCAAAAACGGACACCUUGCACCGACCAUACAAAAGUAGAUCAUACUGCAGCCAAAUUUGAGCUUGUGGCUGCUUCCGAAGAUGCUGUGACGCCAGACUCUAUCGCUGAGCUGGUCCGACGAGAACCCCCACAGCGAUGGUCGAAGCCUGGUGCAUCUGUCGCGUUUUCCAACUCCACGUAUUACACAGCUUUGUCGCGCUUGGGCAGGACUGGCACUAGGAUUGUGCGUAAAGAACUUCAAGAGAGUGACGAAUACGCUCAAUUACCGCGAACACAAAAGCUUUGGCCCGUUGAUCCAAUGGUGGAACAGAAUUGGUCGGAAAGAGGACAGCAUGCGAAAUUUGAGAAAGACGAGCAAAGCUUAAUCAACAGCAUCCUAGAGGUUCAAGAUGAUCUCGGCAGCACGUGUACUGAUACAGUGCAAAGUGUUAGAUGUCGCAGGAUCCUCCUCGUGCGCAAAACCAUCACCUGUGGGAAACACACUAUGGCGAAGGAAGAAGCCGUCAAGGAGGUCACGCACCUCACGCGCCUCAACCACGCACACAUCUUGCGUGACAUCGGAACAUAUGUCAAAACCCGGCAUCUAUCCAUUCUGCUCUAACCUGUCGCAGACUACAACCUCGACGAAUUCCUAGAAGUAGCCCGAAAAGGUACGACCAGCUACGACUGCUGGCACUUCAAUCACAUUUCAACCCUUAGGCAGAUGUUUGUCUGUCUAUCGAGUGCCGUUGAAUACAUACAUCGCAAUCUCACAAAACACAUGGACAUCAAGCCG